GGUGCACAUCUGAAAGCUGGCCUCCACCGCCUCUGAUCACCUCACCAUGGAUUUUGUCUUCACCUCCUCUGGUCCUACCACAUGUCAAGACUUGAACCUGUCGUUCUUCAGUCGACAUGAUUCAAACUCCACAUCUCCCUCAACUCUUCCCCCACCGAACUUUGGGUUGUCCUACUUCACCAUGACCUUCGGGAUCCUCUCCAACCUGAUCGGCCUGGCCAUCGUCUCGGCCUCCUACACCCGCUUCCACCACCGAGCCAAGACCCCAUUUCUGCUGCUGGCAGCUGCUCUGCUUUUGAGUGACCUGGCGGGUCAUUUGGUCACCGGUGCAUUCGCCUUGCACCUGCAUCUUGGAAGACUCAGGAGGCAACGAGCAGCGAGCAGGGAGGCAAGUGGCCCCCCUCAGGUUUUUUGCAAACUCUUCGGGGCCUGCAUGGUCUUCUUUGGCUUGACUCCUCUCCUCUUGGGUAGCGCCAUGGCUGUUGAGAGGUGUGUGGGCAUCACACAACCUCUCCAGCAUUCUGCUUUGGCAACGACAGCCCACGUUCGCCUCUGUGUCCUCCUGCUCAUCACUGUGGCCUUUACCUUAGCGGCACUCCCCUUGCUCAACGUGGGUACUUACGAACCUCAGUUCCCAGGUACCUGGUGCUUCCUUCCUGUUCACGGUGCACUCUCGAGCGCUGACGCCGGCCUGGCACUGACCUUCUCCAGCCUGGGCCUGGCAGCUCUAACAGUCUCUGUACUGUGUAAUGCUGUGAGUGGGCUGACGCUGCUGCAGGCCAGGUUUAACAACCAAGGGGCAAAACUGACCGCCUCCAGGAGACGCAGAUCGUCUAUGUCGUCUGUACAUUCGCUGGAUGUGGAGAUGAUGGUGCAGCUGGUGGUCAUAACCGUGGUGUCCUCUGUCUGCUGGAGUCCUUUCCUCAUUUACAUCUCCAUGUCAGUGAGACAGUUCUACAGAGGAAACACCAAUCCAGACCCACAGUAUGAGCGGCUGCUGCUGCUGGGCUUGAGGAUGGCAUCCUGGAACCAGAUCCUGGACCCGUGGGUGUACAUCCUCCUGAGACGGGCCGUGCUGAGGCGGGUGUGCGGUCUGCUGUGGCCCAGCAGGGUCAUUUUAACCCAGAGCAGCUCGUGUAGGAGUUCAGAGCGACAGGAAAUCAAUUUACACUAACAUCACCACUAAAUCGUCGUUUUGUUCUGAUCAUGUUCCUGUACACGAGCCUUCUGCGAGGCUUAUCUCCAAAUCAAACAGAAUACAUGUCACACCAACAUGCACCAGGUUUGUUAGGCAUGUACAAACGACUGGAGAUUUGCUCUAAUAUUAAGGGCUGACUUCUGAGAGUUGGACUGAUAUUUUAGAAAAGUUUAAAUUAUUUAUGAAUUUUUCUGUCUAAACCAGGUUUGACUCUGGAAAUAUUGGCACCUGUCAUGAAUAUGAGAAAAAUUAAUAUAUAGAAGGAACAGCGAAUACAGUCAGUGAUGAUUUUAAACAUUUUUGGGGGGAAAACACUAGUUUGGAAAGAUUUGUAUGUAACAUAUGAGAGGAAUACAUGCGUCAAAUGUGCUGUGUGUCAUUCAAAGAAACACUGGAUACAAGCAUACACUGGAAAAAAGCUUUUCAUUUCUGAUACUGAAACACUUCUAGGUAUUGUAGGAUUCGACCUAGAUCCUUUAAAGGACAACCGAAGAACCCUGACCCUUUGUUCACACUAGUAAUCGACACUAACACAGUUACAAGCGACUUUUUCCCAUGUGCUUUUCAUGAGCGAGUUGUGAUGACAAGCGACAUGUGAAAUGAAUCCUGCUCGAUUCUGUGUGAAUCAUGUACAACAUAUAACUCCCUCAUUUUACCCUGUCAUAUAAGACUUCUAAUUAAAUGUGUUGAGAAACAACAAGAAGGAAAAUAAAUCUGCUAGUAGCAGACACUGUUUGUUGAUGCCUCAGGUGAGCGUACGUAGCUAGGUACAAUUAGCUAUUCUGCCAAAACAAAGCUAAGCACAAAGCCUAGCGUAUAUCAUGUAACCAGUUUCUACACCGAUUAGUGUAUUAUUUAAGUUGUGUUCAAAAAGAAUUAUCAUAUGAAGUGAUAUAUAGCUGCUACUACUGUUUGAAAAAUACUCCAGACAGGCCACACACAAACUACAACACAGGCGUUCCCUACACGCCUACAUUCAAUGUGACGCAAAUUAGUGCCAGUGUGAACAUAGGAUUAAGAGUAUUAUUUCUUUUACUUUGUGAAAGUUUUACUCUUCAUAUAUAUUUGUAGCAUUUUACACAAUCAUUCUUCCCAUUCUCAUAAAGGUUGCCACUCAUAC